GAGCUAACAAGCUGCGUUGUUUUCAAGAAUGGCAUCUUCAAAGAAGGGGAAGAAAGUUGUAAAUCAGGAGGAACUCCGGCGCUUGAUGAGGGUAAAACAAAGGCAAACAACAGACAAGACGCGCGUUGAGUCUCCUUUUGCUAAAUACAACAGUCUCGGGCACCUCAGUUGUGUUCUGUGCAAUUCGCAGGUGAAGUCCGACCUACUGUGGCCUGCGCAUGUUCUGGGAAAACAGCACAAAGAGAAAGUUUCCGAUCUUAAGGAAGGAAAGAGUCAACCAGUGGCACCACAGAUGCAACCAGUGAAGAGGAAAGCACUGGACAAGGAGGACGACGACACCGGGAAAAAGGCGAAACCCUCGUCGUCAGUGCUGCCCGGAGAUUUCUUUGCGAAACCCAGCGAAAAGGCAGCUGUUUCUACUCAAAAAUCUGCAGGUCUGAGUGUGUUGGCUGGAGUUUAUGAUGAUGAUGAUGAUGUUGAAGAAAGUGCUGAAGAGGCAGUUCAUGCAGGAACCUCAAAUCCCCCUCCUCAAAAUGCCGAACCUGCAGAACUACCUGAUGAUUUCUUUGACAGCUCCAUCCCACCCACACCAUCCAUCUCCCAUUCAGGAUCCAUCCUCAAAGCAGACGUGCAGGAGAAAAGCACAGAAAAGAAAGACAACACAGCCGAGGCACUGCCCGAGGGCUUCUUCGACGACCCUGUUAGAGAUGCUAAAGUGCGCAAAGUUGACGCACCCAAAGAUCAAAUGGACAAGGAGUGGGAAGAGUUUCAAAAGGAGAUACGACAGGUGAACACAAAAUCAGAGGCCAUCGUGGCGGAGGACGACGAGGAGGGUCGCCUUGAACGACAGAUUGACGAAAUUGAUGAACAAAUUGAGUGUUACAGGAGGGUUGAAGUACUGAGAGAUAAGCGGGAUGUGGUGAAGAGCAAGCAUCUGCCCACAGAGGAACAUAUGGAGGUAGAUGCCAGCGAGGAGGAAGAGGAUGAAGAGGAGUUGCUGGGACUUUUGUCCCGGGACUGGAGGGCUAAAGGGGCACUGGCCUAAGUCUCUCUAGUGCUCAUAUAACUGUGGGGGAAAAAAGCCAUGUGUGUCUUUUUGCUCAAGUUUGUCAGCAAUCCAAUACAUGUAAAUAUGUUUGUUAAAAGAUCCUGAACUCCUUUUUUUGUAUAUUUCAAACUGGAUUAAAUGUGAUGCAGUGAUCAACAAGG